AUGACAGCAGCAACAGCCGCGGUGAAGGAAUCGUCGGCGGAGAAAGACGGCGGAUCUGAGCCAAGAGAAGGAGUCCCAUCUGUGAUAAAGUUGGAGACUUUCACAGGUUUUGGAAUCAGAUCCGGCGAAGAAAGUUCGAUUCCAGAAUAUAAUAGUAAUUAUGGGGAAGAGAGGGAGAAGAAGAAGAAGAAGAGAGAAAGUUUCUGCAAAUUCUGGUGGCCUGAGAAUGAUGUAGACAAAAGUUUACAAUGUUAA